CCAUGUCCAGUUUAGCGCAACAGCUGAGUGCCAAGCGAGGGUCCUUGCGGCACACCCAGACACAGGUCACUACUCCUGAUGGUCACUCCAGGCUGGAGGAACUCUUCUCAGAUGGCACAUGCAAGGUGACCUCCGUGUCCUCUAGCAAUCCGGGGUUUGUAGUGGACACCAAGCCUGACCUUCGCUACACCUUCAUCCUCAACAAGGUCAUUCUUGGCUCCCAGGAUGUGGCUCACGACCUGGACAUCCUCACCAACAACAAGGUCACUCACAUCCUGAAUGUGGCCACAGGAGUCAUCAACCUCUUUGAAGGAUGGUUCACCUACAAAACCAAGGAGGCUUUUGACACACCCUCUUUUCGCAUCAUUGACAUCCUGGAUGAGUGCUGCGACUACAUCCACUCGGCGGUGGUGUCUGGUGGCUGUGUGUUGGUGCACUGCAAUGCAGGGGUGUCCCGUGCUGCCUCCAUAGUGAUGGCCUACCUCAUGAGGCACUAUGGCAUGAGCUUUGACGAGGCAUUCAGAUUUGUCAAGUCCAAGCGGUCAUUUGUACGCCCCAAUGAAGGGUUUGUCAAGCAGCUCAAGGAAUAUGAAGCAGUCCUGGCAAAUGUGUAACUCUGUCAUCAGUGAUAAUUGUAGAAGUAAUAGUGUCCCUGGUUAUACAAAGGUUGCUUUGAAUAGUUAUACAAUAUUGAUGCAUGACAAGAUUCUGUUAUAAAAUUGCCGUCCUCACUUAUGCAAACUUGAGGCUAUUCAGUAUAUUCAAGGAAGGCCAUCAUCAAACAUCUGUCAUCUCAGGACUCCUAAAGAAUUGAGAUUAUGACAAGAACUGACAUGCUGAACAUUUUGGUUUUUGCUAUGUACACUCUCUUAAAUAACUCUUAGAUCCUGUAUUACAUUAUAUUGGUAUUGCUGCUUCUACUCUUAUUGCUAGUAUUACUACUGUUAAAAUAAUUAUUACCACUACUUUAAAUAUGAAUUCAUAUCUCUACAUCUGACAGAGAUCCCCUAUAAGGAGGUGGGCCAGACAAGAUAUCACGUCUUGUUGUGGCAACAGAAUACAGAGGUAUUCAUUUUGUUACCCUGCUCAUUUUAUUCUUUUUACAGUGUACAUGGAAUACAGUGGCAGUAUUCUUUAGACCUACCAUCAUCCUUACCAUAAGAAAAAUUGUAGUAAUAAUAAUAAUAAUAAUAAUACUGAUCAUCUAGAUGCCUUGCAUGAUGCAGCAUAUUAACAUAUACUAUUUAUUAAUGACAAUACUGUACAAAUAUUACAUUAGGAUGCCUCAAGGUAGGUUACAUCAGAAACACUAAUUGAACAACCCUUGACUUAGAACAGAAAUUGAGCAUUAAAACUAAACAUGCCUCUAACCUAACUCUGACUAUAUUUACCUAACUCUGACCAUAUUUGUCUGUCUCACAAAGCUGUGUUCAUUACACAACUGAAUAUUUUCUUGAUUGACUGUAGACUACUGUGGUGCAUCAUACUGGCCACUGCGAACCUCCUCAGCCUGUUGUAGCUUUUGUGGUAGUGAAGUGGAACUAACCUUGAGUGUUACUAACAAAGUCACAGCAGAACAGAGUAGCAUAUUAAUCCCUCAUUUAAUGGUUGACAUAAAUAAAGGUGCCAAAGAACUUUCCAGUACAAGGGAUGAAUCUAAUUUCCUCUCAUUUCACUAAGGAAUUUCAUAAAGUAUCUUCUUUUCUUUCUUUUCUCCUUAUCAUGUGCUGUGUGUAUAUUCCUAAUGGUACUUAAAAUAUGCCUUGACUGGUAUCUGUCACUUCCAGGCUUUCUAUGGACUAUUAAAGUGACUUCAUUGGCAUUAGUGUUAAGAGAUGUAAUAUUACAUACAUCACUUGUAACUAUAAGCAGAUCUGUGGCAGACAGACAAGUGGGUGUAAGUAAAGUUAACACUGCUGUAAUGGGGAUUUUUUUUUUUUUUUUUUUCCCCAGUGAUCGACAGUCAUCUUAUCUGAGCUGCAAUGUUGUGCAUUAAUUUUAUCUUCUUACAAUGUAUUUUUGCUCAGUAGCUUUUGAUAUAUUUUGCAUUUACUCUCCGGUGUGAUAUUGGAGCCUUAACUUUUGAUAAGAUAUGAAAGCCACUUUAUAGCGAAUCACAAUACUUAUCAUAGGAAAUGAACAACUGUAUGUCUUCAAGCUCAAUAUCUCAUCUCAAGUUAUUGUAUUACCUUUUUAUCUGAAUUCAUAACAUUUUGUCUGCUAUAAUGCAAUGUUUGUGAAUUCCCAUCACCACUUGAAGGGCAGGAAAAAGAGACAAGUUUGGAUGGAAUCCCAGCGCAGCAUCACCCUUGGGUAGAACAUAGAAGGUAGAGAAAGAAUAUAACAUGGUAUGGUAGAAGACAACACUCACUUUCUGUACAUUUUCCAUUUGUGUUUUGACCUCCAACCUUUUGAGGCAUUUGGCUGAUGCCCUGGAGAACCACCUCACUGGUACCCUGUUGGGAAUAGAAGGCAGCAAGUUCUAGCUGACUGAUUGAUCAUAAACUAUAAGAGUAUAAGCUGUAACACUGUAAUUGUAACAUUGUAUUUACAUAGUUUGAAAUUAACUUCUGGCUCUUAGAAUGGUGAUGAACUAUUUCCUCUAAUGUUUAUGGUUUUCUUCUUCAACCAAUUACAAUAAGCUGCUGUUUUGUAAUUAUGAUUUUAUACUUUCAUAUGGUUUUUAUAUGCUUUCCUCAGGUUCUAUGAUUUUGUAUCUUUGAUUUUUGUGUUCAUGAGUCUUGUGUAUGAUAUCUAAAGCCCCCAUGACAUAUUUUAUUCUGUUUAUUUUGCACUUAAGAAUCCUUCUAAUAACAUUUCAAAAUUCCCCCAUAAAUUGCCAUAUUCAGGCACUGCUUAAUCCUUCACUUAGCAACCCAUAACACAUUUCUUUGACGUAUAUAUGCAUCAUUAAUAGCCUGUUUCUGUGUUGCCUAUUUACCGCUCAGCAUUAAUUAAUUCCGUCCAUUCUUUGUGCUUGUGAGGCCUCUGUAGCAAGAGUGUUCUGUACCUGCAAGGCUGUUAUCCGCUGAUGUACUACCAGAGCUGUGUGACUCACGCCUUUACUUCAUACACUCAACUUAGCUCACAGUAAUAAGUUAAGAUGAUGAUUUUUAUACAAGAGCAUUACUCUUUAACAUUUUGACUGCUGUGGUUUCUUUAUAGUAUGAUACUGAAAAACUGAAAGAUGGCACUGAUGGGAAAAAAAGCUUUUGAGUAGUUAAAGUCUUUUAGUUCCUGUAGUAGAAUCUUGAUUAGUAAAAUCAUGGAGUCAUAUUGUCUUCUGCAGUCAAAAAGUUAAACAGUACACAGUCUGUUCACUGUAACUUGAUGAGAAAGCUCUGUCUACUCAUGUUUAAUGUUGCAUUUCAUUGGUUACUUUGCAAGAUAAGCUUCACUCCUUUCUCUUCCUUUCAGUAAUUGGUAGUGAGGGAAAUAUACUUGACUGGGAUGAGACAGGAGGGCUUUUCAUAAAGGUCAGAGUAAACAGAUUAUUUGGAUAAGUAGCUGAGAGUUUCACUCAUGUCUAGAAUGAUGGAUGGCUGUGUUUUAUCUCAAAUAUUCCCAGCCUUUAUUGUAAUCAUCAGUGUGUUGGAGGGAAAUGUAAUUACUAAUGAAAUUGGUUGAUGCAA